AUGUCUUCUGAUUAUGGUGAAAGCAAUAACCCUGCUCCAUGGAAGCUGGAAGAGAUUGUUUCAAUUAUUAUAGUGUGCAUUAUCUUUCUUACACUGAGUGAUUGCUACGGCCUAUUCAAGCGUCUGUUGUGUGAAAUUUUCCAAGGCAGAAACCAGGUUCCAAGGCGGUUUCUAGAUGUGACCGUUCUGGACGAUGAUCCUUCCCUGCAGGUUCAAAGCAGAGGAUUGGAGUUCUGUGUGGUGGAGUCUCUUCCAACGAUUGAGUUCAAGAGAAACGAGGGAGAACAAGACAAGGGAAGUAAUGUGGAAUGUGUCAUUUGUCUUGGAGAGUUUGAGGAAGGGGAGAGGCUGAAACAUCUUCCAGAAUGCAGCCAUAGCUUCCAUGUUUCAUGCAUUGACAAGUGGUUUCAGUCUCAUUCAAACUGUCCUCUGUGUAGAGCAUUGGUGCAUCAUCCCAUGCUGCACUGUUCCUUAGAUGCUUCUCACACAUUGCUACAGCCUUUGAGGAGGGAAGACUUUGAAAGGGAAAAUCUGCCUAACACACAACAGUUCCUUCCCCCUUGA